CAAGAACCUAUUCAGUUUCGUCAGAAACGAGGUAUAUUUGUUGCGGUACCACGCUACAAGAGUCUACUUUUCGUUGUACGGUUCUUUGGAAAUGUUUAUACUUUUCUAUCCGAGAUAAACAAAGAAGAAAAGAAAAUCUUUCCUUUCAAACGAUAUAUAUAUUCAAUAUAUAAAUAAAUUUGCUACAAUAAUAACUAAAUUGUAUUGCUAUUAAAAUAUUGUUUAUUUAAUUAAAGCAUUUGCCAUACGGUGGCGUAAUAGACAAUAUUUUGAGAUAAACAAAAACGUGGUUACUCUAGGUUUCCUAAUAUCAUUGAUUAAUUUUGAUUCAAAGCGCCUACUUUUUAGACAUCAGACGUCAGUUGCAAUAUUUCUCAAGUAUUGUUAAUUUUAUGGUACAUUUAGCCUUAAAAUAAUUACAUCAUAUACGAAAUGUCUACCGAAAAUUUACGACGAUCUUCACGAUUAAAAGUAAGAAAACCUAAAAGGUAUAUGACAUCUCAUUCAGAUGAAAAUUUGGAUGAUAAUCCAGUAAAUACAGUAGAAGAUGAACUCAGAGAUAUAGAAGAGAAUGUACAAAAGCCAGUUGAAUUAUUUUCAAAUGAUGAUGUAAGCGGACAGGCAUUAUAUAAAUUCCAAACACCGAGUAGAAAAGAUGCUAUGACAAAGAAGGCACAUUUAUGUCGUACACCUAUUAAUGAUGUUCCAUUACCCAUAGCUAAAGUUGUUCUUGAAAAGAUAAAUGUUUAUAAUAAAGAACAACCAAAAACAUCAAAGAAAGACCAGAAAAUUUCAAAAAGUAUAGCUUUUCCUGUUAUUCAAAGAAAAUAUGAAUCUGGAUUAACAUCAAGUGAAAGUGAGAGUAUAUCUGAGUCUAGUGAUUACCAUCCAGUUGAAGAUACUGAAGAAACAACCGAUAGUGAGGAUGUAGUUUCUAGUAAUGAUGAAAAAGAUCAGAUGAAAACAAGGAACCAAAAGCAAAAACUUAUAUCACAGUCACAUUUAUUGAAUACACCAAAAAGAGCAACUAGAAAAAAUAAACCUUCAAUUAUUCAUAAAGAUUUUCAUAUGCAAACGGAUGAAUACUUUGCAACACAAUCAGAAAAGGUAGUUACAUCUGAUCGGACGUUAGAACAUCUACGUAAUUCUCGUUUAACAAAAGAAAAAUUGGAAAAAUUGUUAGCAAAUCAAAGUCAUGUGUCUUUACAACAUAAAAAGAAUAUUUAUUCAAUAACUAAGAACUACUCUACGAUGUUUCCUAUGUGGUAUUUUAUUAUGGAGCAAGGCUAUACUGUAUUGCUUUAUGGCUUAGGUUCAAAAAGAUGUUUAAUCAAUGAUUUUUAUAAAAGUAUAUCUUAUCAUCCAUCACUAGUAGUAAAUGGAUUCUUUCCUAGUUUAACUAUGAAAGAUAUACUUGAUGGUAUAAUUAUUGAUUUAUUGGAGUUAAAUUGUCCUAGCAAUACAACUGAAUGUAUUGAUGUUAUUGAAAAAACUUUAAGGCAAAAUCCAAAAGACAGAUUGUAUUUGUUAAUACAUAAUAUAGAUGGUAUGAUGCUACGUUCAAAUAAAGCUCAAGAUUUACUAUCUUGUCUUGCAAAUAUACCAAAUAUUUGUGUUUUAGCAUCAGUUGAUCACAUUAAUGCCCCGCUAUUAUGGGACCAUACAAAACACUCCAAAUUCAAGUUUUUUUGGUGGGAUACAACAACAUUUCUAUCUUAUCAAGAAGAAACAUCUUAUGAAAGUUCACUCUUGGUUAAGCAAAGUGGUGCUCUUGCUUUAUCAUCUCUUCAUAAUGUUUUUCUUUCUCUAACUUCAAAUGCUAAGUCAAUCUAUCUAUUGCUUGUAAAGAAUCAGUUAAGCAACAGUAAUAAUGUUAAUUUUACUGGAAUGGCAUUUAAAGAUCUUUAUCGAGCUGCUCGUGAAGGAUUUCUUGUAAGCUCAGAUUUAGCAUUAAGAGCACAAUUAACUGAGUUUAUAGAUCACAAGUUAGUUAAAAUAAAGCGCAACAUUGAUAGUAUUGAGCAUCUUAUCAUUCCAUUAAGUUCUGGACUUCUAAAGCAGUUUCUAGAAGAACACGAUACAUGACAUUUUUAACUACCUGUAGCAUAUAAAAUAUGGUAACCUAUAAACACAUUUGCUGUGGCACUGAAGUAAUAACAUUGGUACAAGUGCUUCGAUGUCCUUUAUUUGAGCCGUGCUCAGGCCUCGCUGCCUGAACAAAACGAGCUAUGUCGACGAACUUGCGGUGAGCGACUGUGCGCCUCAAACGUCGCGGGUCAGCUCAAACUUGCACAGCAGCAGUAGUAUGGCAGUAAGCCGUGUACCAAGCCCUCCACCACCGGAAGUGAACA